AUGGCCUCACAAGUUUUGGUCUACCCACCACAUGUUUAUCAAACUCAGACAAGUGCCUUUUGCAGUGUGAAGAAACUCAAAGUCGAACCCAACAACUGUGUUUACCAUGACAGGGCCUUCCCACUGACUUUUUUGAAUGGUAGAACCCUUGGCAUUGCACAGCCGACGUACAAGACACGAGACUUUGCAGCUGGCCGACACCGCUGGCAGGACUUUCCAGUGCAGACUGUCGCCGUACGAGGUGUACAGCGACAAACGACCAGUGCAGCAGCACCUCGUAAAGAAAGAGGUGUUCUGUUACAAGGAAAAGAGCCGGAAGAUCCGGAAAAAGGCAGGAAGAGCAGCAGUGGAGCUUCAGGGGCAGCUGGAGGGGUCAGGGGUGAGGACAGUGGAAGUAGAGGGGGAGGAGGAGGAGAGGGUGGUGGAGGGGCUGACGAGGGGAAGGGAGAAGACACCUGUAAUUUUAACUUGGCGGACAGUUCCCAGCGAUGCGGGCUGAAACGUAAGAGCGAGGAGCUGGAGAACGUGGGAAGCGCCAUGCAGAUAGUAGAGGACCUGUCCAUGUUACCCGCAAUGUUGCAAGCAAAUGUGGGGAACCCGCCGGUGGCGGUCCCAGGCGGUAGGAGGAGGGCCUGUAAAACAGGGUGGUGGAACGGCAGUGGGGACGGUGACUACCAGCUGGUGCAGCACGAGGUUCUCUGUUCAAUGAAGAAUACCUACGAGGUGCUGGACUUCCUUGGCCGCGGUACCUUUGGCCAAGUGGUCAAAUGCUGGAAACGAGGCACCAGUGAGGUGGUGGCCGUAAAGAUCCUGAAAAAUCACCCAUCGUAUGCACGGCAGGGCCAGAUCGAAGUGGGCAUCUUAGCCCGUCUCAGCGGAGAGAAUGCGGACGAGCAUAACCUGGUGCGGGCUUUCGAGUGCUUCCAGCACCGUAACCAUACCUGCCUUGUGUUUGAGAUGCUUGAGCAGAACCUUUAUGACUUCCUCAAGCAAAACAAAUUCAGCCCGCUGCCCCUGAAGGUGAUACGGCCCAUUCUUCAGCAGGUUGCUACAGCACUGAAGAAGUUGAAAGCGAUGGGUCUGAUUCAUGCUGAUCUGAAGCCUGAAAACAUCAUGCUUGUGGACCCUGUGCGACAGCCGUACCGGGUGAAGGUCAUAGACUUUGGCUCAGCCAGCCAUGUCUCCAAAGCAGUUUGCUCCACGUACCUCCAGUCACGGUACUACAGGGCUCCGGAGAUCAUUCUGGGCCUGCCGUUUUGUGAAGCCAUAGACAUGUGGUCGCUGGGCUGUGUGAUAGCUGAGCUCUUCCUGGGCUGGCCCCUCUACCCUGGGGCUCUGGAGUAUGACCAGAUUCGCUACAUUUCCCAGACGCAGGGGCUGCCAGGAGAGCACUUGUUGAACGUGGGGACUAAGACGUCACGUUUCUUCUGCAGAGAGUCAGAUUCCCCUUAUGCAGCAUGGAGACUGAAAUCAACAGAGGAGCAUGAGACAGAAACAGGGAUGAAGUCAAAAGAAGCCAGAAAGUACAUAUUCAGCUGUUUGGAUGAUAUAGCGCAUGUGAACUUGGUGAUGAAUCUGGAAGGCAGUGACUUGUUGGCAGAGAAGGUGGACCGUGGAGAGUUUGUGGUCUUGCUGAAGAAGAUGUUGUUAAUAGAUGCAGAGAAGAGAAUAGUCCCCAGUGAUGCCCUCAACCAUCCCUUUGUCACCAUGCAGCACUUGCUGGACUUUCCCCAAAGCAACCAUGUCAAAUCAUGUUUCCACAUCAUGGAUGUGUGCCGGUCACGUCCUGGCACGUACGACACCAUCAACCGGAACAAGGCUCCGUUUGUGAGGCCUGUCACCACCUCGGCACCCAACCUGACCGUGCCCUUCAGCAAGAUGGCCGGCGUGCACACUCAACCUUUAGCCCCAUCUGCUCCCUCUGUUAUGCAUCCUGGGAUCCCACUGCAAACAGGUGCUCAGUUUGGGGACUCCUUUCAGCAAGCACUGAUUCUCUGUCCCCCUACCAUACAAGGCCUCCCUCCAAAUCCAAAUAAGCCAGCAGGCUAUUCUGUACGAAUGGAGAACGCAGUGCCCCUCGUGACCCAGGCCCCUGCCAUCCAGCCUCUACAGAUUAGACCAGGGGUCAUCACACAGGCCUGGUCUAAUAGGGCCCAGCAGAUCCUGGUACCUGCCUGGCAACAGGUGACCCCAGUGGCCCCCCCAGCAACCACACUGGCUUCUGAUUCUGUGGCAGGCCCACAGAGACUGGCAGACUGGGGCAAAGUUCGUCCCCAUGGUAACCAUUACAGCUCCAUUAUCCCCCAUCCCCAGCCACUCCUAACCAACCAAAUGACCAUGUCAGCACAUCAGCCAAUUAGCAUAGGCAUCGCUCAUGUGGUGUGGCCACAGCCAGCUGCUAACAAGAGAAAUAAACUCUGUGGAAACAGGAGUAACUUCUUACACAACACCAACACCCAAAAUUCCACUUGCCAAUCCCCAAAGAUGGCUAACCUUGGAAAAAACACAGUGGAAGAGGAGGAAGUAGAAGAUCACUGUCCAGAAGCAGAGUGUGUGGUGGAGGCGGAAUCACGGGCAGUGGAGGAGGAGGAAACUGUGUGUUGUAAGGCAGAGCCGGAACCAAAUGAGCUGGGCGUCUCGCAGAAGCAGAGGCAGGCCAUUGUGAUAGCAGACACACCAAGCCCAACUAGUAGUGUCAUUAGCAUCAGCAGUGAUACAGAUGAGGAAGAGGAGCAGAGAGCACAGAGACACUCAUUAGAGUGUAAAGGCAGUCCGGAUUGCGAGGCUUGUCAGAGCACUCUGAAUAUGGAGCGUGUCUGUUCUCUUAGCAGUCCUGACUCCAGCCUCAGUACCAGCUCCUCAGCCUCGCUGCAGUCCAGUGCCUCACCCUGCAAGAGGCCCAACAGCAUGUCUGAUGAUGAACAAGAGAGUGGCUGUGACACAGUGGACGGCUCGCCUGCCUCUGAUUCCUCUGGUCGAGCAGACAGUCCUUUUCUGGAGGGUCGCUACAUUGCUGACCGGAACGAGAACUGCAAACCCCGUGUAACCACAGGGACUCAAUCGGGCAAACCGCCCAUACGGACCAUGGUGGUGCCUCCCAUGAGGGUUCAGAACAACAAUGAACCCUUGGCCAGGACAGUCCUAGAGUCAUCAUGCCUGUCCAAAGGCCGCAGUGGUCACAACAGACAGUUCCACCACUCUGUGUCGCUUCUGAACCGGCAACAGAAGAUCACACCUGCAUCCCAGCCCCAGCACCCCCCACAGCCACAGCAGCCACUGCCCACUUUUGGACAGGUCCAGCAUUACAGCUCCUCCCACCAGGAGUGGAACGGCAACUACAGCCACCGCCGGCCUCAGGCCUUCAUCCCCCCUACAGUACAUGGCCACACUUUUACGUUACCACACGGCAGCCCCACCCACACUACGGCCCACCCACCUCCACCGCACCUAGGCGUCCACCCCCACGCCCAUGCCCAGCCCGCCCUGCUCUCCUACCCUGCUUCUGCUCCUCUGGUAACGGCCACCCCCAUGGCCCACCUCCUGGCCUCUCCUGGGGCCACACGGAGCCACGUCCUACAGCCGGCGUACAGCCUAUCCCACCCAGCCGGCCACAUGGUGCACCCUGUUGCCGUGGGCCUCAACCCCCGCCUGCUCCCGUCACCUACCCUCCACCCCCAGGGCCAGUUCAAGCCCCUCUUUCCCCCACACUCCUACAUUGCCUCACCCGCAUAUGCAGGCUUCCCCCUCAGCCCCACCAAACUCAGCCAGUACCCAUACAUCUGAGGCCUGCUUCUCAGAGGGGGCAGCCUGCCUAUGCCAGUUCCCUAGCAUUGGCCUUUAGGCCUAGAGCGGUGCCCUUUACAGGAACCACAAACCACCUGGUUUUCAUGCCCAAAGCCAUGGCACAAGAGAGAAAGCAAGCUAUUUUUCUGAAUCAUGUGAACUUGGGUGCAAUUGAACUUUGAGCUUUAAAAAUAUAUUAAAAAAAGGAAGUUUUGAAGGUUUUGGGCAAGUCGGCAAAGAAAGCAUAAAAAAAAGCAAGUAUGGGAUUAGAGUGGAUGGAUUAAAAUAACUUCAGUGUGUUUUGCACAUUUUGUACACCUUCUCAUCGGAUUUUCGAAAUGAGUGCUCCUUAAAACAGGUAAAUAAUAAGGUGCCGAAAAAAACAAAAACAAAAAUGUGGCACAGCCCCUCCCCCCAAUCUAUUUUUUUAUAAAUGCCUUCAAACUUGUGCAAGACACAUCUUCGUUUGUAAAGCCACCCCCCCGUAUCCUGGUCAUGGCCAACACAUGCACAUGUGUCUACGUUGUGAUGUUCUGCGAAGUAUUUGUACUCCUCCUGGUGUCACUGGUGUGUUUUUUCAGUGUUCAGUCACUUUUAAUCGAUUAGAAAAGUGGUCGUUACUCACGCUGCAUGUGUUCUUGCAUGAGCCGCAAACGUUGAUCGGAGAGAUGCCUAGAUGUUGCUCUUAAUGUUUCUGUCAUGACACUCGCUGCAUUGUUUGAACUUGUCCCCAGCCAUAGUGCCUUAAAUAUUUGAGGUUGUUCAUGUUACUACUUGUAUAUGAAUAUAUAUAUAUAUGAAUAUAUAUAUAUAAAUGUACUGGACUGCAGCACUUGAAAUUCAGAUCAGUCCAUGCAUUCUUUGUGUGUGUAUAUGUAUUAUGUAUACGCACAGGUGUAUGCUCUUCAUGCAUAAAUUGGCAUGGAUGUAAUGCAUUGCACAAAAUGGCAGUGCUUAUUUUUGAAUCCAGUGUACAUCUGAGAAGUAGUCAGUUACGUUUUCGUUCCUUAAUCGGAGGACGGCAUGCUUUGCGGUUGCGAAUGCUUGCUGUUCGUUUCUUUUUUUUUUUUUCUUUCUUUGUUUUGUUACCUUCCCCGAAUGAACUAGUGUACAAAGAGCAAGCGUUGAAUACUGCUUAAUGUUUGAUAAUCAAUUUCUAUUUAGUAUAAACUCUUACUACUAACAGUAUUUGUACUGUUUAAUGAAACUGCAAUACAAUCUAAAUAGUUGUUGAUUUUCCAAUGUCUGUGUUUUUAUUUUCUUGUUUGAUCGAUUGGGUUGUUUUUAAUUCUUCUAGAUGUGUAGAACAUGUGGUGGGCAUGGCUUUGACUAGAUGAUGACUAAAAUGCAAAUAGGUCUUCGAUUCAUGGUAUGGAUUCAUCAUAGCCUGAGCUGACCAUGCAGUAUUUGGUAUAUAUGAAUCUAUAUAUACGGUAUAUAUAAUAGAGCUAGUCUAUUUAGUGCUGAAGCUUGACAAGGUGUGAGUUAAUUGUGUGCAAUCCUCUCAUUUAUGCAUGUGUGAAACACUUUAAUGUUAUUAUUAUUUUUUUCUGUAUUAUGUAAUUUGUUUAAGCUUAUUGGUGUCGACUGCUUAUUUUAUACAUUCCGUCAGGGAGAAAAUAUAUAUGCUUUGUGCAUAAUUCUCCUUUUUCUAGUUUGUUCUGCUAGUCGUGUGUUUUUUGUUUUGUUUUGUCCUUUCCUUUUCAAAAUGAAGUUGCUUGUGCAGCACCAAAGACUGUAAUUCAUUUUCUGAGCAAGGUAGCUACUCUCCCUGCAUAGACCUCACAUAUACUGUAGUAAUUAUAGUCUUGGGGUAAAUUUCAAAAUUGUAUUUGAAAUAUGGCUUAGGUUAUGUUUUUAGCUUUUUGAGCAAGUAAUAAGGCGUAUCAUCUAUCUUGAAUGUAUCAUAGAUAAGCUGCUAUAUAAUGAUUGCCACUUCAAAUAGCUGUGAAAUUAGGUGAUUUUUUUUUUUCUUAGUCCAUAUCUGCGUUCGUAUUUUUGUAUAGUUCUCUCUUAUUACCUGAAAUAGAAGUGGUUUUGGUUUAAUGGUUUUGCUUUCAUGUUUGGAGUGUCAUUGUAACUACUGUAUUUGCUGAUAAUGGACAUUAGUUGCAUUUGUUCAUGUUUCGUGGGUUGGUGUUGUUUUUGCAUCAGUAUUUGACUUCAUUAAUCGUCCCGGUUCAUCACUGCAUAAUAAUGGAUGUAUCGGUGUAACUUAAUUUUCCUGUGUUUACUUUUCCGCAUCAUGUUGACUUGUAAGGUAAUAGCUUGCAGAAUUGAUUUAACUUUUUCAAUUAUAAUGAAAAUUAACAUUUGAUGAUUUUUGACAGUUUGUUUCUGUAUUAUUGCUACUAAACAGCAAUGUCAAGGGAAAUAAUAACCGCCCCUUCACCUCAUGCCAUUAAGCACUUGGCUAGAAUGCAGGCCAGCCCUGGCUGUGAUUUGCCACAUAUUAUGGAAAAUCUAGUGCUUUAAUUCCUUUUCAAUGACGAUCUGAUAACUUUCUGUGAAGUAAUGAAAACUGAUAACAAUGUUCUAAUCUGUAAUGAAAUUAUACUACAAAGAGUGAUGAACACUCUGAGGAAGUAAAAGUUGUCUCAUAUUGAAUUUCAUCCCCAUGUUCAUGUACUAUGUUGCUUAAUGUUAUUGAGGACAGUGUUCCCAGCACUGUACGCGUGCCUUGACUGAGGAGAAGAGUUUGUAAUGAAACAAACCGCAUUGCAAAAACAAGUCGUGCACCCAUUACGCAGAUCGACUAGGCCAAAUAGACAAAUGGCAGUUUAACCUUCCAUUCCAGGGAUCAAAAUACCUUCAAAAUUACAGCUUCUCUGCUAAAAUUUUCCACAGCGCAACAUGCUUACAGCAGCCUUGCCCGCCAGUGCUAAGUCUCAGACAGAAUCUUAUUUUGGCUCUUUAUCAGUAAAUGUGUCCAUCCAACGGUGUACGAGAUGUAUUGUGCGCACACUUUCAAAUAUACAUCUUUGCUCAGAUGAAGCCGUUUCCUAAUUCUGAUUGUCCUCAUAGUUGCUGUAACAAACUAAAGCACUUGGUGCGGAUGUGAGGUUGUAUUUCGAUCCCUGUGAAAUGGCAUUCACCAGCAAAUAUGCCUACAUAUGUCCAGUGUUAUUGCAGAAAUGACUGUACUCAUUUUUUUUGUUUUGUUUUUUGUUUGUUUUUCCUCCUAAUCCACUUACUAAAUGAGUUCUUUUUUUCCCAGUUCCUGCACUCUUUUAUAAAAGCAUACAAUAACCACGAGCACUGCAGUUUUUAUUCAUUAUAUAUACACAUUGUUAUUGUUUUAUAUGGGUUUUUUGGAAAUAUAUUCUCUUAGCAAGUUAAUUCAGGGUCUUUGUACUAAUCUGACAUUGCUACUGUUUUAUCCUGAAAUCACCUCUCAGUAUGAUGGCGUGUGAUGGGCCUUCAGCUCUAAUGCAUAUGUUUUAUUUCCAGAUUUCACCAUCUGUCAAAGUUAACUCAUACUGCAAGUUAUGGUCUCCUUGUUUAAAUUACUCAUCACAUAGUCAAUUACUAAAUUCAAACUGUUACUCACUGUUUUAGUGCGUGUAGAUUUUGUGGCUUUUUGUUUCCUUUUUUUUUCGUUUCAUUUGCUUCUUUGAUUUGAUGCUACACUAGUUUUGCCAUGUAGCAACUGCACUGUGCAAUAUUUGACAGUAUGAGGACUGGGAAAAUGUAACCCUCUGAUGUAAUGUCUUUACAGUUUGCGAUAGUGUAUCCUCUCUAGUUCUCAGUGAUUUAGAUGUGACCAAGCCUUCUCAACUUUGUCACAUUAAGCGGGUUUUCCAGGUGACUAUUUUGGUGAGUGUCAAAAUAAGAAUUUAUGGUGUAUUGUCAAGAUUCACUUUGAAUUAAAAAAAUCUAUUGCUGCAGUCUCUUA